AUAAAAAUCAAAGUUUUACAAAUGUAAGUAUUUUCUUUCGUUCAAAUAGUUGACAGAUAAGAGAAGACGACUAGAGAAGUGUACGGGGCAUACUGAGAGCUCUGACCUGGUUCAGGUUCUAAACAGAACUUUCUUCACUCUUCACUCAGCUCAAGCUAACUUCUCACCCACUCAACUGUAUAUUGAGAGAGGAUCCCGAAAUACAUUACUAUAAAAAUGUGACCAUGAACUGGAAUUGAAUGUUUUUUAUCAAAUAGAUGAUCGGAGGAGAGGAUGAGUUGUGGUUGUCUCUCCCGGUCUGAAUCUGUCCUUAUAGUUUCUAUAUACGGAGUAUCUGUAUCUGUUGCUCUUCUCUCCGUCCUAGGUUUGCAUGGGCAUGAUUUUGGUCCUGGGUUCUCUCCCUUCAGUACAGAAAUUCUUCAUCAAGUCUGUCUAUCAGUGUAUGGGAUAUGUUUGAUGACGAAUCUCCUUCUCUUCCUAGGAUUAGUUCUCCCCCUCCGACCCCUUCUCAUACCCUGGUUAGCCAGCCAUUCUCUUCUCUCUCUAGCUCUCAGUUCUGCAUCCGUGUACUACCUUGUACUCUAUGUACUCACGGACGAGUGCGGAGAGGAUUGUCCUAUACUGAUAGGGCUAGCAUGUACUCUCAUAUCCGCAGUUAUUGUACUAGCCUACUGUAUAUAUCUAGUACAAGACUAUUUUGAUGUACUAAAGUACGUUAUUAGAGAAAAGAAGGAAAAAUCAAGGAAGGAAGAAAAAGUCUAAUGAAAAAGUGAGUUUAGCUUUAUAAAAUUUCUAAAACGUGACAAAAACGAGAAUGCAGUUCUAUGGAUUAGUUCUAUUUAUAUCAAAAAUAAUAAUAUUAUUAAAAAAAUUUCAAGAUUUUCUGAAGAUAACACGUUCUUCUGCUUUGAUAUUUUUUGCAAAUCCGUUCUCACCUCACUCUUCUCAUUUGUUCUCUACCAUGCUUAUCACAUUUAAACUUUCUGGUUAUCAAUGUAUACAUAGUUAACAUUUAUGAAUCCAUAGUUUACAGUAAUGAAUCCUUAGUCUACAUUAAUGAAUUUAUAGUCAACUAUUGUAAUUCCAUAGUCUACUAUUAUAAAUCCAUAGUCUACAUUAAUAACUCCAUAUUAUACUAUUUUAAAUCCAUAGUCUACAUCAGUGCUUAGAAUCUAUUUAAUUUUGAUGCAGAUCCGGAUCCGAAUCCUAGAUCCGCACUGGAAAAAAUGGAUCCG